AUGGCCAGCGCAUCUACACACUAUCCCCAUAGGGACUCUCACGACGACGAAUCAAUCCUUGAUGAUGAUGUGAUUGAUGCUGAUGACGCCAUCGAAGCCGAUGACCCAUUACACGAUACCUCGGACACGGCCCCGCUACGAGGCAACAUCCAGGCCGAAUCCUCGAGCUCCGCCGGUCGCAACCUGUCCGGUAAUUACCUGACGUCGUCGAUUCCCGGCGAGGACCGUCGCGCGACUCACAAUACUAUCGACGAGAGUGUCUGGGACACCCUCUCCCGCGACCUGCUGGCAGUCUGGGAGAAGCUGCGCCAGGUGCUGUGGCCGAAGUACCUGAUGGGUGGCAUGCUGCAGCGCGGAGGCGGCGGGAUCGGCGCCGCCGAACGUGGAGAGGCCACCGGGUUCGGGGGCGGCUUGAGGAACAUCGCGGGACGCUGGCCGGACGCCGAUAUGGUCCUUCAAGGGGGCAUGAGCGAGGGAUUGCGCGAUUGGGAUCUCUGGGGCCCGCUCAUCUUCUGCUUGCUGCUGAGUAUGUUUUUGGCUGUCCGCGCCAGUGACGACCAGUCGGAUUUGGUCUUCUCGGGAGUCUUCUCGAUCGUGUGGAUUGGUGAAGCGGUCGUGACUUUGCAGAUUAAGCUGCUCGGCGGAAAUAUCUCUUUCUUCCAGUCCGUGUGCAUCAUCGGUUACACCCUGUUCCCUCUCGUGAUCGCUGCCCUUCUGAGUGCCUUGGGUCUCCCGACAAUUGCCCGGAUACCGGUUUAUCUCGUUCUCAUCGCGUGGUCGUUGGCGGCCGGAGUGAGCAUCCUGGGCGGCUCGGGCGUGCUGCGGAACCGGGUCGGUAUUGCGGUAUACCCACUAAUUCCUAUCUUCUAUCUUCUACAUAUUCUACAGAGCAUAGCAAAUUGCCGAGCCGCAAAGCUGCGGGGCCGAGCGGUGACGGAGCCGAGCAAGUGGCCGUCCGACGACAACAAAGCAGCUUGUCGUCACCUCGUUUUGCUGGGCUUUGCUCUUGACUCUUUCUUCGCCCUCGUAACGCCCUCGCUUGCUUCAUCCCUUCCUCACCGCGAGGAAAUCGACCGACCGACCCGCCCAUCCCUCACAGUGUCGCCUGGUCAACACCACACAGUUUCUGCGUGCUUCUUGAGGGGAAAGCCAACUUCCCGGAGAUCCGAUCCGUCUGGAGAUCUCCUCCUCAGCGAGACUCCUCUAGACCACGGACAAGACCUGGUGGUCCCCCGUCCCGGCCGUGUUUUGACUCGAUUACGUUACGACUCCGGCUGCGAUCUCAAUUUUGACAUGGCGUCUGAAUUACGUAAAGAUCCUGGUCUGGAAGGUGAUGUUCAUAAAGGAUCCACAGAUCCUCAAGUGACAACCGCCGAAGACUCCCAAGCUUCCGAUAACGAGGGCGGCGAGCGUCCCGUGCGCAACAAACUAAAGGAAACAUCUAUCACGUCCGUUCCUGCCCCCGAAUCCUCCUCGACCGAACAACCACAACCGCAAGAAGGAACGCUCAGCCGUGAUAGCAGCCGAGGUCGCAAGCGAUCAUUCGACGACGGCGAGGCAGAGAAAAGUGACGGUGAGAACGGCGACGACGACGAAAUGGACGACGCUGGACACAGACGGAAGAGGUCGCGUGAUUCGAGCUAUGAAGAAGCAAACGCCGCUUUGUCGAAAUCUGAAGAUGGUCAACAGCUGGGAGGGUUGAAGGAUGCGGAGGCCCUCUCGCGCAAGAUCUUGAGUCCUAAGAAGAAGAGGAGCAGGGAUCAGUUGGAUAAGGAUGAGACGAAGGCUGAAGACAGCGCUAAGGAAACCGAGAGUAAGACUGCUGCUGCUGCGGAGAACGGUGCACCGACGGAGACGUCUGCGGCUGAAGGUGAGCCGGAGAAAAAGAGACAUCGGGAUGCUUCGCAGGAACGAGAGAAGGCCCCCGUCACGAGCGCAUUCGCCAACGCCUCCACCGUCUCUCCCUUUGGGUCGCUGGGUGCUUCACAAGCAAAGAAGGAAGAAGAAUCGAAGCCCGCCGCCACCACGUCCUCGUCUGCCUUUGCCUCAUCAACCCUAGCCGCCUUCUCUGGCUCGGAGCAAUCGCCUUUCGGCUCGCUAGGAAGCUCGACGCCGUCUGUCUUCAAGUCGUCGGAAACUGCGGCCACGAAACCCGCCGCCACUGGAUUCGCCGCCGCCGCCGGCUCUUCGGGCUUCUCUGCCCUGGGGUCUGGGUUUUCGGGAUUCAGCGGAGGCUUUGGGGCAACGCAGCCCAAAGCAGGUCUCACCAGUUUCGCCUCGCCGUCGGCCACGAGUGCUCUCAGUGGUUCCAGCAAGGACAAGCCAUUCGGGGCUCCCGCCGACGAGGAAGAAGAGGAGGACAACAAAGAGGAGAGUGUCGAUAGUGGUCCGGGUGAAUUCGAGCAAGAUAAGACCGACGAGCGGUUUUUCGAAAGGCCGAUCGAGACCGGCGAAGAAGAGGAGAAGACGUACUUCUCCUGCAAAGCCAAACUCUUCCAGUUCUCUGACAAGGAGUGGCGCGAGCGCGGAAUCGGCACCUUCAAGGUCAACGUCAAGGUCACGGACGGCAAGGAGGACAAGAAAUCCACUCGACUGAUUAUGCGCGCCGACGGUGUAGGACGGGUGAUGCUGAACACCCCCAUCUUCAAAGGCAUGACGGUUGGCGACGCCGCAGGCAACGAGCCGAGCUCGAAACAGAUCAAUCUGGCCAGUCUGGAGAGCGGUCGUUCGGUCCCCAUACUGCUGCGGACCGGACACGAAGAUCACGCCAAGGAGCUUUAUCAGGUCGUUUGCGACCUCCUCAAUGAACAAUGA